AUGCCCGCAGUUACCGGCAAGGUCUACUUCUCCUCCGUCGACCAUAGCUCCUGGGUGGAGGCGAAGCUUGAGUUUGCUCGAUUUGCUGUAGUGAAGAUAGCAACAGCGAGGAUGCCAUGGCCGCAAGACUCUGCGGAUGACCGACCAGUUGGAUGUCCGCAUCGACUCCAGGUCGACUCUGCCCACAGCUUUAUCAUCUCCAUGCAGCCGGUUCCCAGUGCUUUGCAGACGACAUUGACCCACGUAUCUCGGAGUGAUGGACGUGAGCUAGCUUUCAACCAGACCAAGCUCAUCAACGGCGUUUAUCACGUCACAUUCGACGAAGACGAAGCGCAUGGUAUCAUCACAGUCAACAUGGUGACCAGGCAUCCGCGCAACAACUUCACUGCCGUCCACAACUUCGGCAACCCAAUGCUGCACUUGAAGACCUACGAGAAGGCCACGACCGAUGUGAGCAAAGUCGUUACUAAAGAGGUGGCAGUUAUCAAACACGCAGCGAGCACAUUCUCGUUGGCCCGCCAGCCGGCAGGACAUGCACCUCACAAGCAAGGGCCACGGACCUGCGUCCUAAACGUGGCAUUCACUCGCGUGGUAUCUACAGUUCGAUCGAGGAAUGCAGAUACAGCGCGCGAAGGAAUGUUUCAUUUACGAAGCUUUGGCACGGACACUACAAGGGAGGGGAGGAGAGUAGAGAGGAAGGUGGACAGGAGAGCGGAGAGGCGAACGGAAGACGCCAACUCGUUUUCGCACAACCGGAGGCGAAGCAGUCGUCUCAGCUAA